GAAACUGUCAGGUCGGUCGGUUCAUUUUCUUUUACGCGAUCGAAUCGAGAAGAAAGGAGCGAUUGGCUAUAUUCACGCGACGACUAAGUAGCAAAGUUUAGAGUGCCACCACCGUGGAGUUUUGAACAUUGGUUUGGAAAAAGGUGAAGCUCAGUGCAAAGUUCGAAAAGUAGAACAUCCGGAGUUAGAAUAGUGCCGUAGUAGGAUAUUCGUUCUCCGGGAACAGUGUGGAAUCCGUCGAAAAGUGUUCGAGAAACCGUGUCGAUUUUUUUUGUUGCUCGCACUACUUCAGCACUCUUCUUUCCUGGGCACUAUAGUCCAGCAUCAGUCAGUCUAUGUGUCCAGAAAAGUUGGAAGCUGAAACAAGUCCGAUUAGAAGAAAAGAAUAUAUAAACCGUUUCACCACACGCCGGGUUGAUAGAAGAUAGAGAAAUAACGAAGGAAAAUUGGCUAAAGUUCGAUGAAAGGCCGAGAAAUAGAAAAAUAGUGUAGUGAGUGAGAUCAGCGCCGAUCAUCGCCGUCCAGAUCCAGAGGCAGCCAGUGAAUCAGCGACGAAACAAGUCGAAGAAGAAACAAUCAAAAUAGUGCGCGCUGUUGUCUCGUCAAAGUUCGAUUCUGCUUCGCAUACGCCAGAAGUUGUGUAUGAGUGAUUCACGUUUCUCUCUCUCUAUCUAUCUGUGUAUAAAUAUUCCGAUAUUAUUGCUGAACACAGAGCACAGCAAAAAGGCUAAAGUUUGAUCUCGUCCAGUCAAUCAGCGCCCGAGCCCACGGCUCCCGAUCGAUCCGUUGCCGAUUUUCGCGUUUCGCCACGGGAGGAAGAUUGUGCGUAAGUGUUCAAUUGUCGGUGUGCGUUCUGUGCUUUCCACCGAGGGAGACCUUCUCCUACCUGCCCCGACACGGUUCCGACCUCUGCUCUGCUCUGCUCUGGUCUGGUCUCAUCAUCCUGCAUAUCAGCAGCACAGUUGGCAACAAAACCGUCUCGUGUCGGUCGGCGACUGCACACAAGCGGCCAUCAGAAUCUGCUCCCCGGAAUCGAGCAGGCAGCCAGCAGCAACGCCAGCGGAGUGAUUCGAAGAUCGCCAGCCAAUCUGUAGUGAAUCGGAUUUUGUGAAUAAAUAGGUGCGGAGUUCUUGCUGGAAACGAGCUGGAAAAGAGAGGCUAAAAGAAGUGGAGCUGCAGCGGAAGCACAAUGGUUUCCACACGACAGAUGACCGGUUCCACUACUGAGGACACCAUCCUUUACCUGUUUCGCUCAUCGGCCACUAGUAAUUCCUCCAGUCAGUUUUCCUCGAACCGGUCCACCACCGCUGCCGCUGCCACUGCCGUUCACCAGCAGAGCCAUCAACAGUCGUGUAGUGCCACCAAUGCAGCCAGCCCCAGCGCUGGGAUGGCGCUGGUCGGGCUCAGUUCCCCGCAGCAGCAACUCCCAUGUUCGCCAGGGCAGCCGGCUCUGAAUCUGCUGGAUCUACCGAUCGAGAUCCUGGGCCACAUAUUCUCCUACGUGGGCUAUAAGAAGGUGGCACAGAUGCGAGUGGUAUCACAUCCGAUGAACCAAGUUUGUAGUUCUAUAUUAAACUCCACCUUCCAGAAGCUACAAACGCAGAUGCUGACGCGCUUUCAAAUUGUGAAAGCAAAAAUGCCCCGCAGAGAAUCCGCCCGACGGAACCAUCCGCUAGCUUGCGAAUGUGAUAUACUGGAAACAUGUUCGAUGCGCCUCUCGUUGCUGCAAAUGACAUUCGGCAAACAUAUCGAGCGAAAGCACUGUUGUUUUUUCCCCGGUGGGAUUCUGGACGAGGUGUACUCAGUGUUAAAUUACAUUCGAACCACGCCGAUGCUGGCUCGACCGUUUAAGGUAACGGACGAGCUGUUCGAUCUGUCCACAAUGGCCAUGGAAUAUUUUAAGGAGUACAUUGAGCCAAACUUACCUGAUAUCGCAUACUUUAAGAAGGACUACACAUCUAGUACAAAACCGUUCGCGGCACUGGAGGUUUCCUCCUCGAUUCUGUCUCGAGACACAUCACACUCGAGCUCGUCCUCGCCUCCGCAAAGCAACAUGGUACUUCGGAAGGGUAUCCGUAAAAUUAAACAGGGAAUGAAAAGAUAUAAUAAUCAAUUAUCAGUGUUACGCAGCGAGUUGCGUACCUGCAAGAGGAAAGCAACCGAGCAGGCAAAGCAAAUUGCCGAACAGCAGAAACUGCUGGCGGAACAGCAGAAACAAACACUGGAGUAUGCAAAUCGGCUCGACGAAAACGAUAAAAAGAACGAGGAGAUAUCGAGGAAGUUUUCCACGCUGCUACAGGAAUUAAACAAAUGCAAAACGGAGCUGCAAUAUUGGCGCUCCAAGAGCCCGGCCACGCCCAACUGCAACGCAUGUGGACAAGCCAUCGUACCAAUGCCGCCAGAGGAACUGCAAGCACUGGUCAACCAAGGAGUCCGACCGGAGGAAGUUGGGCUGGCGGUUAUUCCCGAGGAACCCACCAACCAGGAAGAAGAGGAGCAUGUCGCUGUGCUUGAUCUGGACGCUCAACCCAUGUCGCCACUGACACCUUCCGUGGCGGUGGCCGCGGCAGUAGUAGGGGCUGGUUCCCCGAGAAGUCAAAAACGCAAACUUGCGGAGUCUAUCGGAAGUGCCAGCGAUGAUUUGCCGUCUCAUUGCAACAGUGAGCCGGCUUCAGGAUCCGCUUCUCCUAUUUGUCCACCGUUUGCGUCGGCUCCGUUUGCCUCUCUAGUGGCUUCGUAUUCGUCCUCGGCUGGAUCUUCAGCGCCUGCUUCAGGUCCUUCGUCAUCAUUAUCAUCAUUGUUAUCAUCAGCAUCAUCAUCACCACCGUCAUCAUCAUCAUCUGCCUCGGCUGUUUCAGCUCUGCUGUCGCUAGCAAUACCCACCUGUUCCUCUCCUCCCGCCACUUCACAGACAAGUCAAAACGCCCAGGCAUCAGCUGCUGCUGCAGUUGGUGCUGCUGGCACAGUUGCACCAUUUGUCGUUAGUGGCAACUGCAUCGGUGAUAGUGUUAAUCAUAAGAAACUACGAAGAGUACAAAAUAAAGCUAGAUCACAAACUAAUCACAAUAAUAGUAGUAACGUGACUAACACGAACACAAAAACAACUAGAAGUAAACAGUUUGAAAAAUAAAUUUAUGUCCAGUUGAUCUGCGCAAUGAAAAGCGAAAUAAGUAGUAGAGUAUCUAACCAAUUACUGAGAAAUGGAUGAAUUUAAUAGAAUGACAAUUUUUAGUUAAUUUAGAUUUUCACCUUCAUCAAGCUUUAAUGUUUAAUUGAUGUUUUCGGACAUUUUUUCUCUCUUUUAACGUACUAUAGUUAUGCAAUUUACUUCUUUCUGGUUUGGGAUACAAAAAUUAACCGCAAACAGCAUAAACUUCAUACUUGUAGUAAUACUCGCCAUCCACUACUACCACCAUAUGUUACGGUUUCUCAAAACCUUAAAUAAUUACUUCUAUCGUAAAUGUGAUGUUAUAAUUUCUUAAACAAAACAUUAGUUUAACCAUAGUGUCAAUCCACAAUAAGCCGAAUUGAAUGUCAAUAAACUAACAGCACUUGAGAUGUCACCCACACCAAACAGAAAUCAAUACAAUAAACUAAAAUAUCUCUGCUAAGAAAACAUAUUACAAUGAAUCAAUGAAUCAAUAAUAAUACACCAUCUCUCUCACACACACACAACACUCACACACAGAUUACUAAUCCAUAGCUGGUCGGAUCAAGCCUAACAAAUAAAAGCAACAGCAGAAGCAUAUUUGUGUCGCAAUAGUACUAUUUUAAAUGAAAUAUUUGUAACAGUAAUUAAAACCUACAAACAUACAAGCAAAGGGUGUUUAUCCUCCCACACACAUAGACAGUUUCGGUAUAAACUAACAUGCACAGUGAAUGGUGUUGGAUGAUCUCUUGUUACUAUGGCUUAGAAUGUUUUCCGGGUUUCAUUCUCCCCCUCUCGAAGGAUCUAAAAAGCGGUUUCGGUAGUAGUUUUUCGAUCGGAUUGGUUUCUCUCUUCAAGCAGGAAAAUUUAAAGUUUUGCUCUGAUUUUAUACGGUAGCGUUCGUAGGAGAGCACAAUCAGGAUGAGGAUGUUUUAUGUGUCAUGGUAUCGGAACAAUUGGAAUAUUAUACCUACUAACAAAAUGUCGAACUGAUUAACGAUAGUACACUUUGGAGCCCUGAGUCCAUUACCCUGUCGAAACCUUUUAUCGAAGUUGAUUUUGUUGCAUCAAUUUAGCCUAUGCUAUGUUUUAGUACCUUUAACAGAGAUAAAAGCCAAUGUGUACCGUGAUUCUGAUAACUUUAUUAAAUCGUUUCUAUUUACUUUGAUAAUUUUUCAGUCGAUAAAAAUAUAUUGUCAAUUACUAGAACUCAUUUCUGUGUCCCUGGCAAAAAUAUGCUGCUAAAGUGACAAUUUUUAUUCAAAUUGGCAUCCACUGGCAUACCAAAUCAGCUAAUGACUAUACUAUUUAAUUUGAGGGCCUUAUCGCAAGUUCGAUUUUUCAUGAGACAAAAAAAUACCUCCGACUUAACUUCUAUCCAUAUUUUCUUUGGCAACUGCAUGACAAAAUGCUCUGCAGGAUCUUUCUUAGUGUGCAGAGACUACAUAUCGCACGACUGGGAUUGGGUACACAAUUUCACGAUAUCCACACCAGUUUUGUGGUGUCCAAUCCACAGUAACUAUAGUCACUGAACUUGACGUGAGACCAUUCUUCGCGAGAAUUUCAAUGCAUUCAUCGAUGUCUAAUUUGAUCAAAUGUUUAUUUCAAUGCUAAAAGUAAAAAAAACUGCUCCAAUAUUUUAACAUUUCCUCAAUAUCCCAACUUUUUAUUAGAAUCAAAAUUUAAAGGUAUCAUAAAUAAACUAGUUUAUGCUUAAUUAACAAUUGAAAAAGAAGAUUUAUCUCACUAGCAUUGUAAAUAAAUCUUAAAAAUCAUAAGAAAAUUCACUGAAUGGAUGGAAACAACCGUGCUGCUGAAACAGUAGAAUAUUGCAUCAAUUAAAGCUGAUUACAAUUAUGAAAAUAUUCGAACUAUGCAAAUGAAACAGAACUAAAUACUCAGCAAUGAGAACGGUAAACAUCCGAAAAAUUACACAAAAUUUAGGAAUACACAGAUAAAAAAAUUAAAAAUGUAGUAGACUUUUUCUCUUAUAUAUACAAAAUAUAUACAACAAAUAACUAAUUAUUAUUUUUGUAGUAGAUGCUAGUUUUGUAAGACAAUUUACUGUGGAGCGUGUUACGGUGGAGGACGGUUUUGGAUCUCCCCAAUCGUCCUCGCGUAAGAAAAGACAGUCGCAGACGCCAUGACCGGCGCUCGGCUUCACACGUAAUUCGCCACGAUCCGUUAGCUCUCAUCUUAUUGUGGUAGUGAUAUUUUCGUAAAAUUUCCUACUCUACUAGAGACAACAUGGAAAAAAUAUAAAAGCUGAACUUAAGUGGAUCAAACGAAAAAAAAAAAACAAAUAAAACACAUACACAUGUAAACUAGGGCAUAUUAGGUUGAUUUUAAAUAAUUAGACGAGAAAAGACGACUUAACUAUGAGGCAAAAUGAUAAUAUCCUUUAAAUUUUCAAGUGCAGGGAUACGGAAAUCAAAACAUUCAACAAAAAAAGCAUACGCAAGCGAAGAAAAAGUAAACAAAAUUAAUCAUUGGGUAGUAGACAACCAAUAACAAAAUUCAUUAAAUUCUGUCUCUUUUCUAUGAAAUGACGACUCUGUUUGAUGACGACGCAAACUGUUUCAAAGCAAAAAAUCAAAGAAAACAGCGAAAAAUUUGCAUACAAAAAUUGAGUUAGGAACUGAAACAGUUAUCAAUAAACAAAAAAAAAACAAUUAAGUAGAAUGUGAUAGAGGACGCAACCAAAAAUCCAGUCACUCUCGCAUGUACACACACAUACAUCAACGCUAAAAUAUAUGACAUUAGCGUGUUUUAACGUUACUUCUUAGUAGAUUCAGUUUAUCGUUUCUUUCGGACCUCUCCCAUAUUGAUAAUAUGUAAAAAGAACAACACAACGGAACACAUAGUGUAAUUCUUGCUGAUCCUAUUUCUGUCUGUUAGAACCACCAACAGUAUCGCAAAACUUCCACCAUUUUACUGUGGCUUACAUCUGCCGUGAUUUACGUUCGCGGUGGGUUUACUUCGUGCGAUCGGUCUGUGUAUCUAUCCUUCUGCCCGAACUAGCAGCUUCGAUUAGUUAAACAAUAUAAAUGCGAUGAUAAGUCACGCACGACAGCAAGCAAAAUACCUAAUUGAUGAUUGGGAGAGAACAGGAAGCCAAUCGAGGGUGGAAUACAAUGAAUUUUAAAAACCCAUCUCUGUUAACCUUGAAGCAAAAUAGAUAUUUUAAGAAGUUUUCUUCUGUAUUUCUCGUUGCACAAGAGUAAGAAUAUAUUAUUAAUCAAUGAAGACAAAACAAAAACAAAAAUUGCUAAAAUGCAAUACAUCAUUCAAAAGCCAAUAAAAGUCCUGAGGUAAAA